CCACUUCACGUGUAAUACAAAUUCGCUCUGGUUCGUCUACCUGUUGAUUUGAAUCACUAGACGAUGGCACACAUCAGACCUCCUAAUUCACAACAUGGCCUUGCGACUGCUACUCUUCGCAAAAAGGACAAACCGAACCGUUUGAUAGUCGAAGAUGCGGUGAAUGAUGACAACUCUGUGGUAGCCCUUUCACAACAAAAGAUGGACGAAUUGCAGUUGUUUCGAGGCGAAACGGUUAUGUUGACGGCAAAGAUACGGCUAAAAACGGUUUGUAUUGUAAUGCCAGAUGACAGUGCCAGUGACAACUACGUCAGAAUGAAUCGCGUUGCGCGUCAAAACUUGCGAGUUCGUCUCGGAGAUGUCGUCAGCAUUCGAGCGUGUCCUGACAUCAAGUAUGGCAAGAGAGUACACGUGUUGCCCAUUGAUGACACUGUGGAGGGUUUAACUGGGAGUCUAUUUGAGGUCUAUCUAAAGCCUUACUAUCUGGAGAAUUACAGGCCCAUCAACAAAGGCGACAUAUUUGUUUGCCGUGGUGGAAUGCGAUCUGUUGAAUUCAAAGUGAUUAAGACCGACCCUUCCCCAUUCUGUAUUGUCGCACCCGAAACUGUCAUUGAUUGUGAAGGAGAGCCAGUCAAGAGAAAGGAAGAAGACUCUUUCAAUGACAUUGGGUAUGAUGAUGUGGGAGGAUGCAAGAAACAAUUGGCACAGAUCAAAUCGAUAAUUGAGUUUUCACUUCAUCCUCAGUUGUUCAAAACAAUUGGUAUCAAGCCUCCACGUGGUAUCCUCCUGUAUGGACCUCCUGGCUGUGGAAAAACACUCAUUGCACGUGCUGUUGCUAAUGAGACGGGAGCAUUCUUUUUCUUGAUUGACGGUCCAGAGAUUAUGAGCGAGACGGUUGGUGAAUCUGAAAGCAAUCUGAGGAAGACAUUUGAAGAGGCAGAGAAGAGUGCACCAUCAAUCAUAUUUAUUGAUACGUUGGAUGCUAUUGCUUCAGAUAGAGAAAAGACUUCUAGUGAUGUUGAGAAGAGGGUUGUUGGUCAGCUUCUUACUUUAAUGGACGGACUCAAACGACUACGAGCUGAUGUUGUUGUUAUGGCAGCUACAACCAAACUGAACAGCAUUGAUCCUGAUUUGAGACGUUGUGGUCGUUUUGAUCGUGAGAUUUCUAUUAGUGUUCCGGAUGCUACUGACCGUUUGGAAAUUUUACGUAUUCACACAAAGAACAUGAAACUAGUUGAAGAUGUUGACCUGGAACAGAUUGCUGUCGAGUCUCAUGGCCAUGUUGGUUCUGAUUUAGCAUCUCUCUGCUCUGAAGCUGCUUUGCAUCAGAUUUGUGAGAAGAUGGAUCUGAUUGACUUGGAAGAAGAGACAAUCCCUGUGGAAGUAUUGGAUGCUUUAGCUGUUUCAAUGGAGGAUUUUAGGUUUGCUAUGAAUCAAUCUAAACUAUUCACUCGUCGUGAGACGGUGGUAGAAGAGCCAACUGUCACAUGGGCUGACAUUGGUGGUCUAGGCAACGUGAAGAAAGAACUUCAAGAACUCGUUCUGUAUCCUGUAGAACAUCCAGACAAGUUCUUGAAGUUUGACUUGAUUCCAUCUCAUGGUGUUCUUCUCUAUGGCCCACCUGGAUGCGGCAAGACGUUGCUAGCUAAAGCUAUAGCAUCUGAAUGUCAAGCAACCUUUAUGUCUAUCAAGGGUACAAAGUGGUGUGGACAGUCUGCAGUGAAUGUUAGUGAUUUGUUUGACAAGGCUUAUCAAGCCGCUCCUUGUGUCUUGUUCUUUGAUGAGCUUGAUUUGUUUGCAAAGUCACGUGGUGGAAAUGGUGGAGAUGGAGGCAGAGCUGCAGAUUGUGUUAUCAACCAGGUGUUGACUGAAAUAGAUGGAAUAUCAUCUAAAAAGAACGUCUUCAUUAUUGGAGCAACCAAUAGACCUGAUCUUGUCGACCCAGUCAUUCUUUGUCCAGGUCGUCUAGAUCAGUUCAUCUACGUUCCUCUUCCAGAUGAACCAUCACGUGUUUCUAUCUUACAAGCAAAUCUGAAGAGGUGUCCAAUAGCAAGGGACGUUGAUCUCAUCUCUAUGGCAAGAGUGACUCAUGGCUUCAGUGGUGCUGAUCUGACUGAAAUAUGUCAGAGAGCACGCAAACUUGCGGUUCAUGAAUCAAUUGAGCAGGAGAUGGGAAGAGAAAAGCGGCGCAGGGUGAAUCGUGGCACAAAUGUGGAAGACAAAGACUCAGUUUCCGAGAUUAGACGCGAUCACUUCGAAGUAGCCAUGCGUUCUGGACGUCGUACAGUGUCUGAUGAUGACAUUCGUAAGUACAAGACAUUUGCUCAAACACUGCAACAGAGCAGAUCAUUCGGAACAAAUUUCAGGUUUUCAUCAUCUCAAGGUGGAUCAUCCGGUGGUGGUCAAGUAUCUGGUAGUGGAGGUGGAUUAUAUUUAGAUGUAGAUGACGAUGAUCUCUAUAGCUAGAGAACAUGGUACAAUGUACAAUAUGGUAGGUGUGCAAAUUUGUUUGUACUGUGUUGUCUUGGUCAGUGAUAAAUGAGCUCGACUGUGGUUUCACCCAUAUGUGUGUAAAUGAGUGUGUGUGUGUGUGUGUGUGUGUGUGUGUGUGUGUGUGUGUGUG